AUGCUUCACUCAACUGACGCAUCAACCAAUCAAAUCUCGCUGGCCGUACCAAGCUUACUUUUUGAAACAUCAAACUUUGAUCUAUCCCCCCAAUCAGAAGCCAACACUUCCACCUCGUCAAGAACUAAACUGGAAGAGUUUGUUCAACUUUGUUGUUUCGUUGCCUCAUGGUCCCCUCGACUUCUACUAAUGCGUGCCACCAUUACGCACCAUCUGCUUCGCGAAGCUGGAAUAGCCAGUGGAAGACUGCAUCUGCGUCUACGUCGGGCUCUGCUGGAUCUGGGCGUAAGAAUGAUCGCUUUGUGCCAAGCAAAAUGCUCACAAGAACGAGCGGUUGAGGCCACGUCUACAUGA